AGCCACACAGCUUCUGCGCUCACCGCUACCCACGCGAUAUUUUACUAAAAUCUCGCGAGAGUAGCCACUUGUUUAGAAUUCCCGAAAGAUGGCGGCGGCGCCUCCAGAUGAGGCUAGCCUGCAGUCUCGCAUCAAUAAGGCCACCAAUCCUCUGAACAAGGAGACUGACUGGGACAGUAUCAAGGGAUUUUGUGAUCAGCUCGACAAUGAACCAGAAGGUCCUCAGCUGGCAACCAGACUUCUGGCCCACAAAAUCCAGUCUCCUCAGGAGUGGGAGGCGAUGCAAGCGCUUACGGUUCUUGAGACGUGCAUGAAGAACUGUGGGAAGCGAUUUCACAGUGAAGUGGGAAAGUUUCGCUUUCUCAAUGAACUCAUCAAAGUGGUCUCCCCCAAGUAUUUGGGAGCCCGGGCUCCAGAACCGGUGAAGAAGAAGGUUUUAGAAAUGAUGUACAGCUGGACGGUGAGGCUGCCAAAUGAGACCAAGAUAGCAGAUGCCUAUCAGAUGCUGAAAAAACAGGGCAUUGUCAAACAGGAUCCUGUGCUUCCUGAUGACAAGCCCCUGCCGCCCCCUGCACCUAGAGCCAAAAGUGCCGUCUUUGAGGAUGAGGAGAAAUCUAAGAUGCUGUCUCGCUUACUGAACAGCACACACCCUGAAGAUUUAAGAGCAGCAAACAAGCUCAUUAAAGAAAUGGUUCAAGAGGACCAAAAGCGAGUGGAGAAAGUAUCAAAGCGAGUGAACGCCAUCCAGGAGGUGAAGGAGAGUGUCAGCCUGCUGAACCAGCUGCUGGAGGGCUACAGCAAGGAGCGCUGCUCCCAGAGCAACCAGGAGCUCAUUAAGGACCUUUACCAGCGCUGUGAAAAAAUGAGGCCUACACUCUUCCGAUUAGCGAGCGAUACGGAGGAUAAUGAUGAAGCUUUAGCGGAUAUCUUGCAGGCCAAUGACAGCUUGACGCAGGUCAUCAAUCUGUACAGACAGCUGGUAAAGGGGGAGAAGGUGACAAAAGAUGACAUAACUGUGCCCUCACAACCAGGGAGCAGUAGUUCAGCGCUUGUAGACCUGACGGGACUUAACAUUUCAGCUGAUGCAGCACCGUCCAACCCAGAGACCUCCAGCCUGCAGACUCUGACUCAGAACAUGGGCAUGAGCCUCCUGGAUGAUGAACUCAUGUCACUGGGACUGAAUGUAUCAGAAAACUGUGACUCUCAGAACUCUUUCCAGCCGGCAGAGAUCACAGAAUCAGUGUUGCUACCAGCUGUCGUCCAAACACCACACAGUGCACCAGCAGGGGGCUCCACUGCUCCUCCCAAAGCCAUGGAAGAGCUUGAUUUGCUGGGAAAGACACUGUUGCAGCAGUCCCUACCUCCAGAGAGCCAGCAGGUUAAAUGGGAUAAGCUGCAGCCUCAGUCUAGAGUCAGUUUACGAGAUCUCCAGACUAAGUCCACCACCAACUCUAAGCCUCCUGCAGCCACUACCACGUCUGGUCCAGCUUCUGCUCCCAGACCCACGACCAGCCAGCCGGAGCAGCCUGAUGCUCUUCUCCUUUCCAAUCUUAGUCUCACAGUUGUUGAAAAAGGCUCUUUACCUGCCGCUGAUCCAUAUGAAAGCAUCUCUCUAGCUGACGUUACAGUGCCUCUGGAAUCAAUCAAACCUAGCACCUUGUUACCAGUGACGGUAUUCGACAAACACAGUCUUCGUGUUUUGUUCACCUUUGCCCGCGACUGUCCUCCGUCGAGACCUGAUGUGCUGGUGGUGAUCAUCUCCAUGCUGUCCUCAGCCCCGAUUCCAGUCACCAACAUCCGCUUCCAGGCAGCUGUUCCCAAAGUGAUGAAAGUAAAGCUGCAGCCUCCCACCAGUACUGAUCUACCGGCCUUUAAUCCCAUCCUGCCUCCAGCCGCCAUCACACAGAUCUUGCUGUUGGCAAACCCUCAUAAGGAAAAGGUGCGUUUGCGGUACAAACUAACUUUCAACCUGGGGGACAAAUCUCACGAUGAAUCCGGCGACGUCGACCAGUUCCCACCUCCAAACACUUGGGGGAACCUUUAGGGAGAAGGAUCAUCUGAUCUGCUGCUUCCUUUACGUUUAGGUUGAAGUUGUCCGUCAGCACUGGCCGAGGCAAGACGACCUCGUCACACUUUUCUCCGGUUUGGAAAUGCAGACAUGAGAGCAGUUGUGGGAACCAGCUUCUACCUUGUGCCUUUCCGUCGUUACUCGAUCAUGUCCAUAUUCCUGAGUGUUGUUGCUACUUUCUCCUCUUCCAACAAUCAGUCCGGCGCAGUGACAUACAGUCGACUUUCAGAAACAUUCAAUCCAGUGAAUUUUUGGGAAACAAGUUGAGCCUUUUCAAAACUGAAAGUGGGAAUUUAUUCGUACUGCUAAACAAAUCCCAUGUCAUGUGAAUCACAUACAACAGCUGGUCUUUUUUUGUUGUUGUUUUUGUCUUUUCUUUUAAGGCCAUUUGUACAAUUGGAUUCAAAAUGCUGCAUGUUCACCUGCACAUUACAGUUGUCAGUUUUUGUUGCAACAAACCAUUUUCUGCCAGUCAAUGGAGCUUCUCUGCUUCUCCUUCUCAAGUGAUAUUUUAAAAACGCAGUUAAUGACAGUAUAUUAGUCUAUUUAACUUUACAGAAUUUAAAUUGGCGGAUGAACUGAUGAAUUUGCUCAUUGCUGCAGCACAACUUAAAUGUUUGCAGAAAGAGAUGCAGUGGUAUCAUUCUCUCCUACUUGCAAACUACUUCUCCUUUAAACCAACGCUGGGGAUAUUGUUUGUCAAACACAGAUGGGAAAUAAUGAAACUGAGAGUAAUUCCCAUAUCUGAAAUCACUGUAGUGGGUUUCCCCUUGAGUAACCAAAUUAUCCAGAGCACAAAUAUUGAAUCGGUAUCUGGGUUUUAAGAAUCAUCUGGGUUUUAAUAUGUUUGAAUAAAUUACGGUUAGGUGGUGUGUGUGUGUUCAGGCUGUAACAAAAGGCCUUUUUCACAGCAGAUAUGUUGACACGGCAUGACAGGAAAAGCACAGGCGUUUCAAAUAACAUUGACAAUGACUUUGUUGUAUGUUGUGAAGGUGAAAGUAGCCAUUCAUUCACUUCAUUUAUAGCUGUGCUUUUCCUACUGUGACAUGUCAAAAGGCCAAAAAAUGAUGCGCAUUUAAUCCCUGCCUCUUUACUUUUUUUUUUAAUUUCUGCACUUUUCUGUUAUUAAAAUAUGGGGACACUUUUUUUUUUUUUACACAUUAUGUUUCACUCAGGAUAUUAAUUUGGAGAUUUUUUUUCUUACACAACCUACAAUUACAUGCACUUAUUUUGUUAAAAUUUUGCACAUGAAAUCAUUCCCUUUUUCAGUACAUUUGUCUUUUUGUCAUUUUCUGCCUUUCUACUGUUGAUUGACCCAAAGAGGGACAUGUGAGGUCCUGAGUUGACGUCACUGACAUCUGGUUUGAUUCUACCACAUGUGCCUGAGAUGAAACGGUUUGCUUUUCUUUUGCUCUGUACAUAUAUGUAUACUAGUGACUUGAUCCUUGUUUUCAUGUGUUCAUGUCCUUGCCAGAAAAGACUCAAAUGGUGUUACUGAAUCAUUCUAAUAUCCAUAAGUUGAUUGGAUCACGGGUCUACAAGCAUAAAGAUGAAAAUAAAAUGAGACUGAGGCAGACUGAUUCUGAAAUAAAUAUGCAACUCCAGAUGUCUGGAAGUACGGCGGGGAUAGAGUUGGGAAGCCGGUGAGAUUCCAUUUUAUUGUCGUGAGGGAUCAAUUUAGGACCCACUGAGCAAUACUGAUUCAGCUUACUUGAAAGCAUGCGUUAAAUUUCAUGUGGUUUAUCAACCCACAUGGGACCAUCAUUGCCAUUUACCAUAUCAUUAAGCUAAACGCGCUAUAAAUAAGCUGUUCUGGUUUAUUUACAACCUCUGGGAGUAGCAGGAAGAAAGCAAUAAUGAAGAAAAAUUAAUGACUCCGCUUCAAAUUUUGUUGUAAAUACUACGGAUUUGAAUGUUAUGUACUGUAAAUACACGUUCGGAGAGUUCUGUAACAGAUUUGACUGUAAUACUCAUAUUGUGCAAAUUCAGAGAAAAGCAAAUUUGCCUUAUUGUCAACACGAUAACUACAUUACCUUCAUAGUGUGUUCCUCAUUAGGAUGUGCAGCAGCAAAUUUUAUAUCAGGGCUGCCUGGCUUCAUCUGGAGGACAUAGAAAAAAGAUGGAGGAUCUAGCUUAAGGUAUUGCACCUUAUCCAGCAUCCUUUCUACGACCACAAAAUCACACAAAAAUGAUCCCCAUGCCAUGUUUGGGUCGAGCUGCACUGCGUUGCAGGUUCUACUCCUUCAGACCUGUUGCACAAACAAAUCCAAAUUCGGUCUUUAAAUUAAAUAACUGCUACGCUGACAUUUACAGAAGUCACUGUGCAUGCAAUGCUGUCUUUGCAACUCUUGUCCAGUUAUAAAAGAAGUGAAUCCCACUGGACUUCCCAUAUUAUCUAGAAGAAAAAAAAAGACAAUCUAACGGACCUAAAAACAUCAAACUUUAGACCCAAAGUGUCAACCAGAUAAAAUCCAACUUUUUCAGACUGACGCACCAAUAAAAAGUGUUGGCAUCUGGAACAGUGUGAAUGUCAGUAUAUAAAUACCUAUACAGAUGUUUUUCUGAGGGAAGGAAAGUCUUUUCCAUUUGUGUUCCUACUGUAAAUAAAAGCAUUGUGCCAUUCUGCAUAUUUACCAAUAAAAGUACACAUGUACAUACUGCUGAGUAAAAAAUGAGAAUGUACUACAAAAGUGUAUUUAAAGCAAAUAAAGUCAUUUGUACAGGGACGUCA